GGUAUGAAUUAAAGGCUGGACAGCGUUUAGCCAAUCGCGGCUCUUUAAAUGAAGUGUAACGUUAUACUUUACCGUUCCAUAAAAACCAUAGAAAUAAUGUUCCGUGGUGGUGGUAGGUACAGUAGUAGUAAAUGUAGUUCUGAGGUUAAUUGUUAUUAACAUAAAGUAUAGAACAAAAGCAAAGCAAAAUAUAAACGAGAAACGAAAAUAUGAGUGGCAGUGCUGUAUUACGUUCAUAUAAGGAUCUGCCUGUGUGGAUAGUUGAGGAUCAUCAUGAGGUUCUGCCUUUCAUCUACCGUGCAAUUGCCUCCAGGCAUUUACCUUUAAGUAACAUUGCCAUGGUUCACUUAGAUUCUCACCCUGACCUGCUCAUUCCUGUGAAUAUGCCAGCUGAUACUGUUUUUGAAAAAGAGAAGCUGUUUAGUGAACUGAGCAUUGAAAAUUGGAUAAUGCCGGCAGUUUAUGCAGGGCAUUUAUCUCACGUUCUGUGGCUUCACCCAUAUUGGGCACAACAAAUUGCGGAAGGUGAGCACAAGUUUUUUGUGGGAAAAGACUCCUCUACAACUACUAUCAGGGUUUCAUGUAAAGAUAAUUACUUUUUAAGUGAUGGACUCUAUGUUCAUGAAAGUCACCUGGAAAAUAAAAAGAAUUUGCAAUUGGAUGUAAUUCAAGUUAAUUUGAAUAACAAUGCUGUCUUACAAGAUGACAAGACUGAAAAUUAUGCAGCAAAGCGAAUUAAAUUGGACAGCUCAAAAACUUCCCAUUCAUUGAGAAGUGAAAUAGCUGCAGUAGAGCCUAGCACUUUGAGUUGCAUAAGUGAAGCAGCAGAGGGCACUAAACACAAUGACAUCGAAAACCUUGCCUCACCACAGACAAAUGCAAUUGAUGUGACAAACCAGGACAGUAAAAAGAUCCUCAGCAUCGUAGAGCAAGCAAAAGCCUAUAUUCUUGACAUUGACCUGGAUUUCUUUUCUUGUAAAAAUCCCUUUAAGGAAUUAUAUACACAGGAAGAAUAUAAGAUAUUGCAAGAUCUGUAUUCUUUCAAAAUACCUGAAGGUGAUCCAGACGAGGAGACCUUGACAGACUGUGUGGAAUGUCGUGUACGUCAGUUAGAAGAUUUAGAAGCAGCUUUUGCUGAUUUGGUUGAAGAUGACAGUGAAGACAUUUUGAAAAAAUGGGCUGAACACCCAGGGAUGGGCUCACUUUCCCUGCUGGUUCACAGUUUGAAGAGCAGAAUGGACUCGCCCGAUUAUGAAAUGGUGCAUCAAGCAGGCCUAACAUGUGAUUACUCUGAGCUGCCACAUCACCCAAGCACUAAUGAAGAGAUUACUUGUUUAAUACAGUCUACACAGUCCUUGUUAAGAAAUAUGCCUAAGCCAACAUUAGUAACAAUUUCAAGGUCUAGUAUGGAUGAGUAUUGUCCUGCAGAAAAAGUAGACUACAUUCAAAAUGCAGUACUUAACAUGCUUCAAUCACUUUAUGGUGCUGUAGAUGUUCAUUUAGAAUAUGUUACAGACACUUCAACUUCUGACCUCUAAUUUGUUGUUUUAAAAAUAAUCACAGCAAUAAGAGGCUAGUUGUAUCCUGCAAAGAUUUCUCAAGAUGUUGUCAUCUGAAGGCUGAACAGACUGGUAUGUACAGUUUGGAAUUGGUUUUCUAACCUUUAUCUACAAUGAGAUUACAGUAAAAGACACUUGUGUAUCAUCCUUCUGUCAGGGAAAGGACGCUGGACUAAAUUAAGAAUCACUGCAUAAAAGUCAGGUGGAUCACGUAUACACAUUAAAAUUUACAGCAUUGCUUACAGGCACACAUGCUAAUAUUUGAACUAAGAGUGUAAACAAUACUCCAAAAUAAUACAUUAAUUGUGUUGAGAUAAUGUAAUGUCUCUAGAGGUUUGCUUCCCUUGAUCACUGUUUGGCCUGCUUUAAGCAGGCAGUCUUGGUGUGGUAAUUGUGUCUUACAAAGGUGAAUCAGUACGUAAACCUUUUUUUUUCUUUUUAAGAUGACCUUGUAUAUUGAUGUUAAUGUUUUAUUUUUUCUGUCAACUACUAUUUGAGUACAAGCAGGUUUAAAAUGUGUUUAAUACAAAAUAAUCAUCUUUUCCUUAUAUCAAAAUAUGUACCAAUAGAGCUACACACAAGUGAUACAUAUUUAGGAAACUAAAAUAAAGAAAUUCAAUUCAUGUGUAAUUUUAGUCUAGUAGUUUUCUUUUGUGGAUCCAUUAUUGAGUGUUGUUACCUCACAAGUCAAAUUCCCCAGGUUGAAAGCUCAGUUGCUCAUGUUCUCCCCAUGUUUGACCGGAUUUGUUUCCAGGUGUUACUGUUUUCCUCACUAUUCUAAAAAAGACAUGCAUGUUAGGGGUCAAAAUGGAAAUGCCAAUUAACCUGUCUAAAACUUUGUGUGUGUGUCUGCACAGUUCAUAGUUAUUUGCCUUACAUCCAGUGCUACUGGGUCUCCAACUCCGAUGACCCUAAAUUGGGUUAAAAAUGUUAGGUUACGUUAUAGUAUGCUGUGUUGUCUUGUGUAUUUGUUAGUUGGGCUCUUUUUAUUAAGGGUUAAAGAUUUUUUUUUAUCUAGUAGGCUCAAUAGGAUUUAUGGUACAACAAUCCUAGGAUAAUUAAUCAAAAUGGUACAGGACAGGAGAAAUGAGGAACAUUUAAAAAGUAACUUCGGAAAAGAGGGCAAUGGGUGAGGUUUUCUCUGGGUUUCUUCCUUUAUCCUCAAAGACACACAGGUUAGGUGAACUGUUAACUUUAAACUGGACCUGGCAUGAGUGAACAUGGGUGUGCACUUGUGUGUCCAUGUGCAUGUACUUUGCAACCUUCCAGCACCCGGUCCAGGGUUAGUUUUGGUUAUGUAUCCAUUACCUUCAGAAUAGGCUUCUGCACUCCACAACCCUGAACUGAAAUGCAUUUAUCUGAGAAUGUAUUUAUAUACUUUUGAAAAAGGUUGGAUCCAAUGGAUAAAAUGUUUCAGUUAUCGUUAUAAAUUAACAGGAAAAGUGGAGAAUAAUGGCUACUGGUGUGUGCAGAUGACAUGCUCUAUUUUUGGUGCAAGAUAAAAAUAGAUAAUGAGAAAAGGUAUACCACUGUACUGCCAUGGGAGAGUAAAAAUGUACAUGAAAUGGGAUUCCCUUGAAAAAUAGCCACCAAUUAAAUUUUGUUGUACUGUUUAUACUUUAUGCCUAUUUAUCUAAUGGUAAUAAAUAAUUAAAAAAGAAAGCCUGUAACUAAUGUCCUGAAGAAGGAGUAUGUGUUAAAAGUUUUUCAAAUGCCUGACAUGUAUUGUGAAAAUGUUUUGAAAGCCUUUUCUGUACUGUCUAUUACUUUAUUCAUAGGGUCUUUCUCUUUGUUAUCAGAGUUUUCAUUCAGCUUUGAGCUACCUAAUAAUUAUCCUACCUCUAUCCAGAAAGUUAAAAGUGUCUGUGACAUGUCUUCCUGACAAAGUGGAAUGAGCAGCCUCGCAUGAUAAU